UCACUUUAUACUUCUAAUAACAUAUACAUUUUUAGUAAUAUAUCUAUAGUUUUAAUUAUAAAUUAAUUUAAUGAUUAUUAUUAAUUCAUAUUAUUUUGUAUUGAAAAUUAUGUAUUAAUUGUAUGUUUAAAAUACAUGUCAUAUAUUUUUAAAAGAGGUAAAUAUUAUCAAUUAUAAAUUAGGUAUAUAUGGUUUUGGAUUUCUUUUGUAUAAUCCUAUAUCUCACAUCUUAUGUUUAGUAGAUAUUAUUGUUUUUCUUCUCCUACUUUAUCAUAUUUGUUUAUGUAAUGAUUCAUUUUCUUUAUAAGAUCACUCCAAUGACUGCCUCUAUAUUUUAUUUUAAAAAUAGAGAAUUAUUUUGUUCAAGUGGUUAUAUCUAUUUUCUACUCAAAAAGAGAAUAUUUCAAAUAUAUUCUUUUUAUUUGUUUAAUAAUUUAUUAUAUUAUCAUUAAUUUUCAAAAUAUUAAAAUUUUACCUAUUCUUUUUAUUUUAUAAUAAUAACUACCACGAUUAUACUAUUUAUUCACGGCCGUUAGAGAGUUUUCUAUUGGUAAAGUUUUCUUCCUUAAAAAUAGAAGAGUUAGACUAUCUCCAACUCACUUCUAUUUUCAUUUCUAUAUUUUUCUCUAAAAUAGAAAAAUUCUAGUAUAGAGAUGGAUUAGCUUUCUAUAAUAUAUUUUUUUCUAUGUAUAGAGGAAAAUAUAUAAAUGUGUUAUUUUCACCUUUAAAUAUAUAGACAAAAAGUAAUUUUUUCUAUAUUUUCCUUUAAAAUAGAUGAAAUUUAUUAUAGAAGCAUACAUUAGAGCAAUUCCAUCUAUAUAAUAGAAAUUUCUUUUUUAGAAAAAAAUAUGGAGAUAUAUAUUGGAGAUACUCUUAGAUUCGAAUUUUAAUAAUUCUAAAAAAAGAAUUAAUAAUCAAUUCUUAUCCCUCAUCUAAAGAAAGUAUAGACUUUGACCCAAAACUUAUUGAUUUCAGAAAAAAAGUUACAAAGAAAGGAAAAACAAGUGAGAAAAACAUGACUACAAAAGUUGAGGACCAAAAGAUAAUCAUUAUUUAAUUUGAUAUUAUCUUGUAACACAUUCUUAUUUGACUACUAAUGUAGAUUACUCACUCAGCCAUCUUCCACGUAGUAAGCUAAGAUCCAAUCCAAACUCUAGCCUUUAUAUAUUAAUCCAUUUUACUCAGAAGAUGGAGUAGUAACAUACUUGCUCCCUUCACAUAAUACUAUCAACUUCAACAAUAAUCCGAUCUUUCAAAGUGAAGAUUGAAGAUAAAACUUUAAUACAAUAAAAAUGGGUGAAAACAAGGGUGGAUGCUUUAGUGUUACAAUAGUUGUUUGUAUAUUUUUGAUCGUGGGAUUAGAUGUCAUCGCUGGUUUAGUGGCAAUUCAAGCCGAAGGCGCCCAAGAAGAGGUGAAACACAUGAAGGUGUGGUUACUCGAGUGUAAAGCUCCAAGCCAAAAAGCUUUCGUGUUAGGGAUAAUAGCAUUAGUAUGUUUGGCAGCAGCUCAUAUAUUCGCCGUUAUGAUAGGAUGCAGUAUCUCCAACAUAGUCAAAGUACUCGCCGUACCUAAGAUCUCUGCAUACAUCAACAUGGCCUGUCUUUCUCUCACUUGGAUCGUAGCAAUUGCGGGAGCGGGGAUACUUACGAUGGGGAUAUGGACGAACAGAGAGUCGAGAUCAAAAUGUGGAUUCACAAACAAACAUUUUUUGUCUUUCGGAGGCAAAGUGUGUUUCUUUCAUGCCUUUGUCUCUGUCGUUUUUUAUUUAACAACUAUCAUCUCUAAAAGAUGUCCUUUGUGAAAUGUUCGUAUGCAUUAAUGCUAAUUUGUGAAAUGUUCAUUUUUUUC